AUAAGUACAAGCUCGCCAAAAUCUCUCGUUCUUGGAAUCGGAGGGAGUUGCCCACAGAUUCUAUCAUAACGUCGGAUUGUCGGCAGUCAGGUUAACCAAAGGGGACACGUUCGCCCAGCCAAGAACACACAGGGUAAUUGAAUCAUUCUGCAGGCACGUUAUUAUUCAGCCAGCUUACAGACAUGUGUCUGAACAUUUUGGAUAUUCUUCUUCCUGCUUUGAUUUUGUGGCCAAGUGUGACAUCAGCAGCACUGACAGUUGACCCACCUACGGACCUACAGAUUAUUGAUCCUGGCCACUUGGGAUCACUUCACAUUCAUUGGAAAGCUCCACUGAGUUUGACCAGUGAGAAAUCAUGUAUGGUCCGAUACAUGUUGACAUACUGUGACGCGGAUUCAACUAAUUGUAAGCGUAUAAUCACCAGGCAACUGAAACACACUGAUGGGUUUAACCUCAACAAGGGAGUAAUUGUGAAGGUCCGGACACUUGUAAAAGAACAUUGUGACGGAUCUGAGCUGAAAAGUGACUGGAUGGAGAUGACGUACUGGCCACUCAUGGAAGGGCUUGCAGACUCCAAAAUCAAGAACUUGCAUUGCAUUGUUUACAACCUGGAAUACAUGGAUUGCUUGUGGAAGAAUGGAGCGAGUGCUCCAAACGACAUCGAUUACAGACUCUAUUAUUGGCAUAAAGAGCUGGAGCAAGUAAUGAAAUGCAAUAAUUACAUACAAAAUCAGGGUCAUAAAGUUGGCUGCCAUUUUUACAAUGACAGUCUCAUCGAGUUUUCUGAUUUCAACAUAUGCAUAAAUGGCACCUCAAGACUGGGACCAGUGAUGCCAGCUUAUUAUACAUUUCAACUUCAGGAUCACGUUAAGCCAGCAGCUCCUUAUGAAAUUAACAUGACUGCAUCAAAAAAUGGUAUUUAUCUAGAGUGGAAGCCUCCAGCUGGUAAAAUAAAACCUCACUGCCUGGAAUAUGAAGUUAAUUUCUCAGGAAAAAACACUGACUGGGAGUCUAAAGCACUUCCAGACGAAACUACAUCUACAUUCCUGAAUAUAACUGUGAAAACAAAGUUCUGCGUCCAUUUAAGAGCAGCUGUCAACAUGUAUUGUGCUGAUGAUAGCUUUUGGAGUGAGUGGAGCUCUACACAGUGCUUGAGAGACUAUCCAGCAGAAGAGGAGCAUACCAUUAUCAAACGUAACUCGUUCAGAGAGCUGAUUUUACUCGCAGCUUUGGCAUCAAUCUCAUUGGCAUUACUUGUGGGUGUUCUUGCCUGCUGGGUCAGAUGGAAACGAUCAUUUUCAAAGAAAAAGGUUAACACGUUACUCACUGAAGAAACCAAAAGCGUCAAUGAAAGAAACUGCCUUAACUGUUGAAAUAUUCUAAAAUAAUAUUACUGAUUGUUAAUACUAUCUACUAAUUGCAUUCUAAAUGUAUAUCUUUUUUUUUAUCUUGCAUAUAAAAAUAAGCUUGUAUGUAUUGAGCCAUUGAUAUUUUAAAUGCUCCGGAAAUGUUUAUAGUGUUAACAGUCACAUUGCAAGGUCAGGGUAACCUUAGAUAAGGCAUCAUUGCAGCAGUUAUUUUCAAAUUCAGUAAUUUAGAAAAACUCAUUCUGCAACUCACAAGACAUUUCUCGUGAAAAUUUCAAUUAAGAAAUAUUUUCCGGGAUGCCAUAAAAAGUAGGAAAGGAAACAAUGGAGACUCUGACCUUAACUGGUCUUGUCUGGUGUGCUAGAAGAUUGAUAUCAUGCCUUGGAAAGGGAUUACAGCACAAAUAACAAACUGUUGGAGGAACUCAGUGGGUCAGGCAACAGCAGUGGAGGGAAAUGGACAGAUGAUUUUUCGAGUCAGAACGCUUCUUCAGAUUGAAGGAUGCCACUUUGAAGAAGAUCUCUUUCUGCAGUUCCUCCAGCAAUUAGGUUUUUUUUUUUCAGCAUUUGCAGUCUCUUGUGUUUACUAAUUGCAGUAAUAUCUGCUUGACUUUAGUUAUGGGAAUUAAUGGGGAAAUAGAAUGAGCUGCAAUAUUGAUUGUCAUCUGUAAAAGCACCAGGGGCAAUCAAGGGUUGGUUGUGGCACUAUUUAAGAAUGGAGGGAGAGAAAAACAGAACUACAGAUCUGUUUAUCAUAGGGCAGAUACUAGAAUCUAUAAUGGAUGGUGUGUUAACCAUACCGCUCAAAAAGAAUAAGAGGAUUGACAAAGUUGACAGAAUUUAUUAAGGUAAAUCUGUUGAGGUUUGUUUAGGAUGCACCUAGUGGAAUAAAUAAGUGGGUAACUAAUGCAUGUAUUUUGAUUUUUGAAAAUCAAUAUGUUGUACACAAGUUGAUACAGUUAGAGCACAUGGAAUUCGGGGUACAAGUAUGAAUGAAGUAUUGACUAUUGGAUAUAAAGCAAAGGAUGGGAAUAAGUGCACCUUUCUCUGACUGGCAUGCUGUGACCAGUGUGGCAACACUAGAACAGAUGCUUGGAUCCCCAGUUAUUUGCAAUCUAUAUCAAUGAUUCCCUGAAAGUGGCAAUACAGGUCAGUAGGGUGAUGAAGAAGGCAUGUGGGGUGCUGGCCUUCAUGCUUUGAAUCAAAGGAUAUAAAUAUUGAGACCUUAUAUUGCAACUUCACACAAGUUAGAGUUAUGCAGCACAGAAAUGGAUCCUUUGGCUCACAACCUCCAUGCCAACAUUUUUGACCAUCUCAUGUCCAUGGAGUACUAGAUGUUGAGUCCCAUGUUCACAUGGGAGGGCUGGUCCCCCAAUGCAAUAUUCCACCUCUCCACCAAUUCCAAUAUUGGUGGCAAGUAGGGGGGGGGGGGGGGAGGCUUUCUGGAGCGCUAGUAUGGGUUUGUGGGCUGAAAGGACUGGUUUCCAGAGGGCUAGUAUGGACAUUGUCUGCCAAAUGGAUUCUUGGGCUGGCAGCUCAGUCACUCAAGCCUGGUGUGCUGGCAGCUCACUCACUCACGACCGGUGGGCUGGCAGUUGACUUAUGCUAUUCCUUGAAAUUCCAUUUCAAGCAGAGUGCAGGCCACCAAAUUCAAAUGAAGCUUCCUACCAUUUUAAGCAGGGUGCAAGGCCACCAAAUUCAAAUGCAGUUUCCUACCAUUUUAAGCAGGGUGCAAGGCCACCAAAUUCAAAUGCAGUUUCCUACCAUUUCAAGCAGGGUGCAUGGCCACCAAAUUAAAAUGCAGUUUCCUACCAUUUCAAGAUGAGUGCAAGGCCACCAAAUUCAAAAGCAGUUUCAUACCAUUUCAAGCAGGGUGCAAGGCCACCAAAUUCAAAAGCAGUUUCCUACCAUUUCAAACAGGGUGCAAGGCCACCAAAAGCAGUUUCCCACCAUUUCAAGCAGGGUGCAAGGCCAUCGAGGUGACCUUUCCCUCCCCCAUCUUUCAGAGACUGAGCCACUUCUGGGUUUUAUAGUCCCUCCCCCUCCCAUCGGAAGGGGCGUGGCCUUCAUGGCAGUGAUUGACAGGAGAGAGAAUCUCAACAUUUUUUAAAUACCAAUAACUCUUCUAUUUUUCAUCGAUGGGAAAAAUCCUGUGCAUCUGAUGAGGAAGACUGAGUAAGAUGGCCAAAAAUCAUAGCCAUAAGUGGUAGCGUUUUUUCUAAAAUCAAUAUACAGUGCAAACAGGAAGUGGUCAAGUUUAGACUUUUAAUUAUAUAGAUUGUCUGAUGUUCCAGCUGCCUCUCUACCGGAAGGAUGAGAUUGUGCUGCAAAGAUUAUCCAGGAUGUUGGUUGAUUAGACGACUUUGCUGGAGUCAAACCUGAUGAGCUAGAGCCUGGCUAGAUAAUUAGACUAGUUGCCAAGAUAGUUGGAAUGUCAUACUAUGUGAGAUUGGGUAGACGGGGAUGUGUAUUUUUUUAAUUCUUCAAAAGUAUGAGAUGAGACAACUUCUAAUAAGUUAUAACAUUCUAAAAGGCCUUCAUACGCCAGUUGCAAUGUAAAUGGUGAUUGAUUGCUUGCAGAACCCAGAGGAGAAACUACCAUCCUCCGAUAAAAAUCGUCGUACUCUUUCAAAUCUGUAAGUCUAGCAACAUUUUUAGUUGUUCUAAUAGUAUUCUCUUUACAAUGCUAAGAACUAUGUUCUGCACUCUGUAUCUUUCCCUUUGCUCUACCAAUUUUACUUGAGUUUAGCUCAAUUGUAUUUAAUUAUCUCAUUUGAUAGCAUGUAAAACAAUUUUUCACUGUACAAUAAUAAACCCAAUCUAAACCUCAA